UGACUGACGCGAACGUCGCGACCUUCGGACCCGUAAUAAAUAAAGUGGAAACCAGAAAUAAGAUAACGAAAACGCGUACAUAACGCGAACGAAACGAUACUCGCGACACUGAUUCUCGUAGUCGCGACGACGUCACCGAUUUUUGACAUGAGAUUACUAUCGAGCUUCGUCGUAACCGCGUACAAACAUCUGGCAGUAGGUCAGGUAGGCAACCUAUCGAUAGUGCCGGUCGGCUCUGCCAGUUGGAGAAAAAUGGCGACCGAGGUGGAGAAGGCGCAAUCCGCCGCGCCGGAAGGUGACACGAUAUUUGGGAAGAUAAUACGUAAAGAGAUCCCGUGCAAAUUCAUUUACGAGGACAGCCAGUGCGUCGCGUUUGAUGAUAUAAACCCUCAGGCACCUGUACACUUUCUGGUGAUUCCUCGAAAGCCAAUUUCGCAACUCUCCAAGGCUCAAGAUGAGGAUGAACCUCUGCUUGGUCAUCUGAUGAAUGUCGCUAAUAAAGUUGCGAAGCAAAAAGGUUUGAAGAAUGGAUUUCGCAUAGUUCUCAACGACGGAAAGCACGGUGCGCAGUCAGUGUUCCAUCUGCAUCUGCAUGUUCUCGGUGGUCGGCAGAUGCAGUGGCCGCCUGGCUAAUUUGCACAUACAAACGUGAUUUCGAUUAUGAAGCCUCUUUAACUUUUAUCAAUAAAAUGUUGGAAACAUACGAUUAAAGAAUAUUGUAUAAAAAA